AUGGACAAUGCUACACCCGACAUGCUAGGCCGUCGUGGCCGACUUACCCCACAGCCUGCUCAUCAGUCUAGCCCCAUCGUUGACAUACAGGAUCCAGAUCCGGACAACAAUGCUGUCGGCUUAGCCAUCGCAAAGUUGCAGGAGAUCCUCGUCUCUGUCUACGAAUCACUCGAGAAUAAAGAAGUUCUCCGUGUACCAUACAAAUUCCGUCCAGCGUCUCGAAGGAACCGUCCCAGCGCAGCCCGCCCAACCCGCUCUCGACCCGCGCCAUCCGUCCUCCAAUUCCCUGGUCGGACUGAGAAUGAGAGCAUUAAAUUUACUCAGGUGCUGAAGAUUAUUCACCUCUCCCACAGCUCCCUCCUGUCUGGUAAUCCGGUCACCAAGAGAAAUUUGUUCUACCAAUGUCCCGAUCUCUUCAAGAGUCAGGCCAUUGUUGACGGCCUGGUCGACGACAUUAGCUACACCCUUGGAAUAGGGCGGGAUGACCUGAAUAUUGUUGCCAGCGCCAAAGGACUUUUGGCAGGACCAAUUAUUCUGCAUAUGAGAGACUCGUCCAGUGUCAGCGCAUCUGCAAGCGAUACUGGGGUCACAAUCCCGACAACGAGAAACAUCUCUCAAAUCGACUUCCAGCAUGCUAAGUGGGUGCUUGUAAUCGAGAAAGAUGAUACGUCAUCUGCCGGGCAAGGUAUUCUAAUUACGGGCAAGGGUGUUCCCGAUCUACAUACAAAGCAGUUCCUUCAUCUACUUCAUUCAGCCAAGCCAGAACUCCCCAUCUACGGCCUUGUCGACUUUGACCCAUACGGAGUCAACAUCAUGCGUUGCUACAGCCAUGGAUCCCGAGGACAUGCUCAUGAAGUCGGAGUCACCGUUCCGACCAUGCAGUGGCUUGGAAUCAAGAGCGAUAACCUCGUCGGUCGCCGAGAUGUGGAGGUCGACGAUGACGACCUUGCCGAAGUCCCCAAUCCUACCUUUUCCAGGCGGCAAGAAUCUAAAAGCAACUUCGAAGCCACAGGUGCGCUCAAAGAGAGGGACCGAAAGAUUGCGAAGACCUUGCUGGGAAACAUACCCGACGACUUGGACGAGUACAACAUCGAGUGUCGAAGGGAGCUGCAGAUCAUGCUAUUUUUGAACGUCAAGGCAGAGAUACAAGCGGUGGAUGAUGCCGGUGACAUUUCGAACUGGCUGGAUGCACAUCUGACGAGAGUUUGA